CAUGGCAGCCCAGAAUGGAAACACUAGUUUUGCAGCUAACUUCAGUAUACCCCAAGACCAUGCCUCCUCCCUCCCCUUCAACUUCAGUUAUGGUGAUUACGACCUCCCUCUAGAUGAGGAUGAGGAUAUGACCAAGACUCACACCUUCUUUGCAGCCAAGAUCAUUAUCGGGGUGGCACUUGUGGGCAUCAUGCUGAUUUGUGGCAUUGGCAAUUUUGUCUUUAUCACUGCCCUUGCCCGCUAUAAGAAGCUGCGCAACCUCACCAACCUGCUCAUUGCUAACCUGGCCAUCUCCGACUUCCUGGUGGCCAUUGUCUGCUGUCCCUUCGAGAUGGACUACUAUGUGGUGCGCCAGCUCUCCUGGAAGCACGGCCAUGUGCUCUGUGCCUCUGUCAACUACCUGCGUACCGUCUCACUCUAUGUCUCCACCAAUGCCCUGCUGGCCAUCGCUAUCGACAGAUAUCUCGCUAUCGUUCACCCCUUGAAACCACGGAUGAAUUAUCAAACAGCCUCCUUCCUGAUCGCUUUGGUCUGGAUCGUAUCCAUUCUCAUCGCCAUCCCAUCAGCCUACUUCACAACGGAAACCGUCCUCUUUAUUGUCAAACACCAGGAAAAGAUCUUCUGCGGCCAGAUCUGGCCAGUGGACCAGCAGCUCUACUAUAAAUCCUACUUCCUCUUCAUCUUCGGCAUCGAGUUCCUGGGCCCGGUGGUCACCAUGACCCUGUGCUACGCCAGGAUCUCCCGGGAGCUCUGGUUCAAGGCAGUCCCUGGUUUCCAGACGGAACAGAUCCGGAAGCGGCUGCGCUGCCGCCGGAAGACGGUGCUGGUGCUCAUGUGCAUCCUCACGGCCUACGUGCUGUGCUGGGCGCCUUUCUACGGCUUCACCAUCGUGCGCGACUUCUUCCCCACUGUAUUCGUGAAGGAGAAGCACUACCUCACAGCCUUUUAUGUCGUCGAGUGCAUCGCCAUGAGCAACAGCAUGAUCAACACCGUUUGCUUCGUGGCCGUCAAGAACAACACCAUGAAGUACUUCAAGAAGAUGCUGCUGCUCCACUGGCGGCCCUCCCAUGGCGGGAGCAAGUCCAGCGCUGACCAUGACCUCAAAGCCAGCGGCCUGCUGGCCACAGAAGAGGUGGAUUGUAUCAGGCUGAAGUGACCCACUGGUGUUUCGUAAUUGAAAAUCCAAAAGCCAGUACUUAGAGCACAAUUCACCAAUAACCAAGUUCACAGACUGCUUGGGGAAAGGGCAACUGUGUUCACACCUCACUGCUCUCAAGGAGCUGGAUGCUUCUGGAGUCAUAAAAUGUGAUGCAACUAGACACAAACCACAGCAGCUGACAUUUACUGAUAGCUGCUCAACACCUACUGUGUGCACAACCACACCAGCGAGAUUAGAUAAGGGCAACAGGAGCUGACAUUUACUGAUUACCUACCGUGCAAAAAUAUUUAAAUAGCAAAAUGAAAUGGCAGAAGCCAUUGGAGUCAUUAAGCUAUAUCCAGAUAUUUAGGUGGUCAAACAGAGGCCACAGAUGGUUAUCUAGACUCAUUCUUCAUCUUCCCUCAUUUUAUAUCUGGCCAGUGCAGGAAAGUCAAA